AUGGAGGAGGCUCAUUGUUUGAAGUAUCCCAUUCAUCCAGGAGAUACAAAGAUGUAUCGUGAUUUCAAGCAACACUAUUUGUGGUGCCGAAUGAAGAGAUAUAUAGUGGAGUUCGUGUCUCAGGGUUCGAAUUGUCAACAAGUGAAGUAUGAGCACCAAAAGCUUAGUGGUGUGACUCAGAGGACACCCUUACCCAAGUGGAAGUGGGAGCAGAUUGUUAUGGACUUUCUGUUAGGAUUUCCUCAUACCUUGGGAAAGUUUGAUGUUAUUUUGGUCAUUGUGCACAGAUUGAGCAACAACAUAUAUCAUUCAAGUAUUGAGAUGACACCGUACGAGGCAUUAUAUUGUAGAAGGUGUCGUUCUCCUAUUGGUUUGUUUGAUGCUUUUGAGGUUAGAUAUUGGGGUACAGAUUUUUUGCGGGAUUCCUUGGAUAAGCAUAUUAAGGAGAUAGCUUCUGAUUUGGCUUUACCUCCGGGUCUUUUUGGUGUUCAACCAUUUUUCCAUGUUUUGAUACUGAAAAAGUAUCAUUCGUAUGGCUCUCAUAUGAUUUGGUGGGAUUCAGUGUUACUUGAUAAGAAUCUGACUUUUGAGGACGAGUCGAUAUCCAUUAUGGAUAGAUCGGUUCAAAAGUUGAGAUUGAAAGAAAUAACUUCAGAGAAAGCACAAAAGAGGCAUAAUCCUGUAGAGGAGGUGACUUGGGAGACUGAGUUAGAUAUGAGAUCUAGAGAUCCCUAG